AUGUCUUCAGAUCUUAAGCUCACAAAAGAAGAGGCUGUGGCUUGGCUGGUUGAUAACAACGCCCAUAGUGCCACAAUGGACGUGGACAUAUGGCUGGAUAGGUUCUAUACGGAAGACGCCACAAUCCAAUACGCAAACAGCCCGGCGCGAUCCGUCGCAGAUGCUAGAGAAAUGUUUAAAAGUAUAUGGGCCAAGUUCGAUGGGUUAGAGCAUGAUAUUAUCCACGUUGAUUAUGUGAGCCCCUGCAUCUAUCAUCGUUGUAACGUUCGGUAUCUUGUCAAGGGGGACGAUCCCAAAACACAAGAAAUCAAAGUCCCAGCACUUGCUACGAUGCUUAUGAAGAAGGACAAGGACGGAACCUUGAAGUCGUACAAGAUGGAAGUUUUCAUAGAUCCCUCGCCUGUAUUUGCACGCAUUUCUGAGAAAGGACUCUGA